GCCAGAUAGGUGGUAUUCCACUCCUAUAUAAGUUUGCUGUGACUGUCCCUGGAUGUAUAUGCUUGUAAGGAUUCUAGCUCAUUAAAAUGAAUGCUCUUUUGGGCAGCAUCAUGGUUUUGGUGAACUGCGUGACUUUAUGCAAUGCACAGUGCUAUGUUAUACCUAACCAAAACACUCCAGGUGAUUUACUUAAUGAAUGCAAGGAUCUCAGUGGAGUCAUUCACCCACUGAACUCGGAGUGGAAGACUGAGAACUGUGAGGAGUGUUCUUGUGGUCGAGAUGGAAUUAACUGCUGUAACAUUGUUGCUACACCUGUAAGCUAUGACACAAGCAAGUGCCAGAAAACCUUCAACAAGGAGACCUGCAGUUUUACAGUGGUGGAGCGGAAGAAUCCAGAAAAGUCUUGUUUUGUAGGUGGAUGGGUGCUAUAAUGUACUUCUAGUGGGCCCAGCGCUCCCAACCAGAGGUGACCCAGGACCUCCCAGGCCAAACCUCAUUCUCAUAUGACCUCUAACAGUCUAUGGUUUUGUAACCCUACCUAUCAGUAAAAAAAUAAAAAAAAUAAAUAAAAAAAAUAGAGCAAACACUUGAACAUGUGUAUACUAUUUGUAAAUUAUGUGUGCACUGAUUUAAAACAUGCAAACAUUUAAUGGAAAGAACAAAAAAUAAAUAUGAAUAAAAGUUAUAGUUUUCCUACACUCCAAUAGAUCAUUGUAUACCCCCUACUCAGGCACUGCUGCUUCUCUUGCUUUGAUAUAUCUGUACUCUGCUGCUCUGGUGUCCUACAUAUCUGCUGAACAAUUCAAAAAA